AUGGCGGCGCAGGCAGGUGCCACUGGCUCGCCGGCACGGAAGCCCGUGCCGAUGGGCUCGCCGGCGACCGCACCCGCGUCUGUGCGCCUUCGUUCGUUGGAGACGGCGGUGCCGUCGCCCCCGGAGGGGACGCGCCAAGGACUGCGCAAGCUUAACCUUCCGACGGUCGGUGCCACCCAGGCCGCCGCUGAGGCCGCCGCUGCGGCGAUGAGCUCACCUUCUGUCCCGCGGUUGGACCGCAGCGCCUCGCUGGGUGUCGCUGAGACGGUGCCCGUGGAUGCUGAACGCACGCGCUAUUUUCGCCGUCUGUCGGCGCUGCCGCCCGUUGCGCCACACAUGCCUGACAUACCCAAGCCUGUGCUCAAGUUCGUGGACGCAACGCGCGGGAUCCUGUUCGCCUUAUCACAAAUAUACAGUGCACUUCACCAACACAUGGCCGUGUCCACGGAUGAGCGCUUGGUCGCGCACUUCCAGCGGGUGCUAAGCAUUGCCGCGCGCUCUAUGAGUGCGCUGAUUGCUGUGCUCGACCGCUGGGACCAUUCGUCCCAAGCAGGGAUGCACGAGCCCAGUAUUGUUCGCCAUGUGCUGGACGCAUGCAACGAGAGCGUGCGCACCUUUCGUCGCGCCGUGUCCAUGCUUCACACGCAGCUGCCGCAGCUGGGUCAGAGCGUCGACGUGCGCUUUACACGCACGCUCCUCCUCCUCUUGUAUGGGAGCAUGACUGAGCUCAAGAAUAGCGCCGACAUGAUGCUGCCCCAGGCCGAAUCGGUCGUGCCGUUUUUGACCGCGGAGCUCGCGCAGCCUGCCGAUGCUUCGACGCUUGCUCGCGAAACGGUGCGCAUGCGCGGUCCCGGCCUACAGGACGCGUCGCUCUCGCAGGACGCGGCAGAUACAAGUGAGUACGACGUGUCUGUGCCGUCUACCAGCACGCCGUUGUCGAAGCGCAGCGCGCGCAUACGUGCUAGCGCCGGUACGCGGUCGCCGCGCGACCCACGCAAGCCAGCUGCGUCGCCGCGCGUUGUGCCUGCAUCGCCCUCUAGCUCGUACGUCCUGCGCUCGAAGCCUGGCGCUGUAUCUGUGGAAGAGCUUGAUGAUACUCUAACGAGCCUCUUGGCCCAAGUCACUGACCAUGCCUUGACAGUGUGGACGGAGCUGGGCGUCUAUGUCGAUGCGUGCCUCCGGCAGGAGGACGACCAUGACGAGGGCCGAAUACGGCGCCUACGAGACGUGCACGAGGCAUGUGAGCAUACUCUAGAGCACACGCGGUGCUUGCAAGCCACGCACGAGCGCUUUAGCGACGACCAUGUCCGCACGACCGGGGCGGACGUGCAUCAGCUGUGGGAAGAAGCGAAUCAGUUUGUGCGAUCCAUCAUUCACAUAUCGACGUUGGUGCGCGCGGUCUCGGUCAACCAUCCGUUCCCGCGCGACCUAAUGCGCGGCGUCGGCGACCUGAACCAGGGCUGCUCGGCGCUGGCCAUCCACCUGCACAAGCUCGCCACAUAG